AUGCGAUUUGACACGCUCGCCCUUACAUCAUCGGCGGUCGCCUCGAUGGUCGCCAGCGCGUCCGCGGCCUGCGCCGACUUUGAGAUCCUUCGCCGCAACUCGCCCUCUCUUCGAGCCCGAGCCCCGACCAGUGAACAGGAUGCCGCAAACGAGACCUUGACUGAGGAGUGCAAGCUCUAUAACUUUGCCCCCGUCACCACUCUGGUCAGUCCGAGUUGCUGCGCAGAAAGUUUGGCCCGUUGCCGCCGCCGCUGUUGCUGCUGCUGGCAAGUCCUCCGGCCGUCGGCGGCCGGUGGCGGUUGAUUGUGAUCGAACGGUUAGACUGCGCGAACGCGACAAGGCAGGACUUUGCUGACCGCGCAUACCUGACUGCGGACGGUAUCUACGGUUUGUUUUCCCUCUAGUUCAACAAUGGUGGAUUCCCGACGCUCUGGGAGACUGCCAACCUCUCGUAAGUGCAUCAUCUUGAGUCGCCCCUAUCAGAGACGCCGCUUGCGCGCAUCGAUGUUUUAGCUUGCCGGAUGGUCGGAUUCACUCAAGUCUUUGCCGGGGGUACAGCUGACCCUAGCUUCCGUCAUUGUUAUCCAUAUCUGCUCCAAAAAUCGGAACAGGAAAGCCACUGCGGAGGACAAGGCUCUUUUCACCGCUUUGAGCUCGUCCAUCCCCAACAUCGCACCUCGCGGAACGCGAGCAGGCGAUUUCACGGGCGUGACCUACGACAUCGCGGCCGACCCGGCCUGUUGGUGGACGGACACACUUUGCACACAACCCAAGAUCGCUGCGCUGAAAGCUGAUGUCACGCGGUGCCCUGAGCCCGAGACCUGGGGUUUCACACUCGAUGAUGGUGAGUCCAUCGUAGGCUACCGCUCGCGUCGCUGCGCCUGCUGUGACAACAACUGAACAAUGCAAUACGCAUCAUUUGCUUUCGUUCCCACGUUCCACACUCAACGGGUAUACAGGCCCAAAUUGCUCGUGAGGAAGAUCUCUCAUACCCAAAGUGACCCGUGAUAAACUUGAGGCUGAUCGCCGCUCUAUUUCGUGUGCCAAUCGUAUUCUCCAGGCACAACGCGUUUUAUGAUUACCUUUACGAGCAAAAACAAAAGGCGACCUUGUUCUAUAUUGGUGCGCUUCGCUCUCGAUCACUGAUCGCACGUGAUCAGGCAAGUAGAAAGCUCACCCGUUGUAUUUUUCCCUCUUUGUCGCUGCAGGUUCCAACGUCGUCGACUGGCCCUACGAAGCGCAGCGCGGUCUCGACGAUGGCCACGAGAUUUGCGCCCACACCUGGAGUCAUCCUUACAUGACGGCUUUGACGAACGAGGAAGUGUUUUCGGAGCUCUAUUACUCGAUGAAGGCUAUUAAAUCAGUGAUCGGCGUGACUGUCCGAUGCUGGCGACCGCCCUAUGGGUGAGCAGACGUCCAAUGACAGGAGUCGACGCGAGAAAAACUUGAGGUUGCUGACUUCCAGCCCCAUUUUCCACUUUCAGCGACGUCGACGAUCGUGUCCGAUACAUCGCUCAAGCUCUUGGUCUGACCACUGUGGUUUGGUCCGACAAUACCUUUGAUUACGACAUUAGCACCCUUGGCACGGCGACGAUCGAGGCAAACUAUGUACGCUCAAGUUGCCCUCCGCAGCACCGAGAUCGAUGCUUACCCGCCGUCCUUGCUUGCAUAGAAUGCAAUCUUGACCGAGCAGUCGAACGGCACAUUCGCCCGUCAAGGCACAAUCGUUCUCACGCAUGAGCUCAACAACGGCACCAUGUCUGAGUCCAAGAGCUUCUUGCCCAAGAUUAAGAGCCAAUUCAAGGCCGUGGUCCCCAUCGCGGUAUGCUACAACAACUCGCAGCCCUACGUCGAAACAGACUACACUUAUCCCGUAAGUCUGGGCGCUACCCACCUGAUCCGCUAUCAAUCAUAUAUUAAAAUUGAUUUUCGGUUUCCCUGUUCUCGCUCGUCCCUCAAUAUAUAGAACUUUGCCCAAUUCACUGCGGGCACGACUUCGAUCUCGCUCGCCACGGCCACUGCCACGAGCGGCCCCGUUCUGUCGAUCCCUCUUUCGACGGGUCAGACCGGCUCAUUAGUCGUUCCUCUCAGUUAUACCAUUGCCCACGCCGCCAACAACGCCGCCGCAACCACGACCGGAUCGGGUUCUUCGGCCACGGCCACCGGCUCCGCCAGUGGGUCGCGAACGUCGGCGACGUCGACGGCCAAAGCUUCGGCUGCUCAAAGCUUGAGCUCGAAUGGUGUUGGAUACAUCAUGGGAUUGCUGACGCUCGGCGCUUUCGUCGUCGGGGCUCUGCUCGUCUGGUGA